AUGAGCCACACUCCAGUCAGCAACCCGGAUCCAGGUCAUCCGGCAGGGCCAGCUAUCGCCUCUUCGUCUGCAUCCACCACCUCCAUCAUGGGCAUCGACACUGUCGCCCAUCCUACACAGGCUCUAGAGGACAUUGAGGAGAGAACGGCACUGCUGGACGAGGAGAGGGGUCACAAUUAUGGUACAGCGACGCCUCCAAUACAUGAUCCAAAAGAUCUUCAUGCCGAAUCGACGUUGGCCAAACGAAUAAAGUAUUACAUUCCCUCGACUGGGUGGAUUCCCAACUACUCGUUGUCUCUAUUCGGUGGAGACUUCCUCGCUGGCAUCACCGUCGCCUCCAUGCUCAUACCACAAUCUAUCAGUUAUGCGUCGACACUAGCUAAGCUCAGUCCAGUGACCGGUUUGUUCUCGGCCUCGAUUCCUGGUAUGGUGUAUGCAUUGCUUGGAAGCUCAAGACAACUUAACGUGGCACCCGAGGCUGCUCUGAGCCUCUUGCUUGGGCAGGCCAUUUCGGAGAUCCGUCACGAGUACCCUGACCCCCACCACGGAGAAAAGACUGAUGUUUUGGGCCUGAGUGUGGCGACUGUUAUCUCGCUACAGGUCGGCCUCAUAUCUUUCCUACUUGGAUUCUUCCGCUUGGGAUUUAUUGAUGUCGUCCUGAGUCGGGCUCUACUGCGAGGUUUCGUUACCGCAGUUGCCGUGAUAAUCAUGAUAGAGCAAUUUAUCCCUAUGCUCGGUCUGAACGAAUUGCGACAUUUAGUCGAUCCACAAACUACUCUUGACAAGUUCCUGUUCCUCAUCAAGUACUCUAUAGAGUUCACACAGCCUACAACCUUAAUCAGUUUCUCUGCCCUCUUUGCAUUAGUAGCGCUCAGGUGGUCCAAAAACAAGUUUCCUAAUCGGUGGUACAUUUACCGCAUCCCCGAGGUGCUCGUUGUCGUCGUGGUCUCGACGUUUCUCUCUGCUCAGUUCGACUGGGAUGAAGCUGGCGUCGACAUUCUCGGAGCCGUCGAUGCACACACUGGCGAAUCACUGUUCGAAUUCCCUCUGAAGCGCUCCAACCUCAAGUUCGUGCAUCGAACGACCUCGAUUUCGAUAAUCAUCGCCGUCGUCGGUUUUUUGGACAGCAUCGUUGCGGCGAAGCAGAAUGCUGCGCGAUUCGGCUACUCCAUCAGUCCAAAUCGUGAGCUGGUUGCCCUCGGAGCUGCGAACAUGGCUGCGUCCUUGAUCCCAGGGACCCUUCCUGCUUUUGGUUCCAUUACGAGGUCGAGGAUCAACGGAGAUGUUGGCGGGCGCACGCAAAUGGCGUCAUUGGUGUGCUCAGGUGUCGUGCUAGGUUCAAUUUUCUUCUUCCUUCCCUGGAUGUAUUACCUGCCGAAAUGCGUCCUUGCGGCCAUUAUUGGCCUUGUCGUCUUCUCUUUGCUCGCCGAAACGCCUCAUGACGUGUUGUACUACUGGAGGAUGGGUGCAUGGGUCGACCUCUCGAUUAUGUCGCUGACGUUCUUCCUCUCGAUCAUCUGGAACAUCGAGGUUGGCGUGGUUGUCAGUUUGAUCGUGUCACUGCUGUUGGUGGUGCAUCGCUCUUCGAAGACAAGGAUGACGAUUCUGGGUCGCAUUCCUGGUACGGACAGAUGGAAACCUCUCAAGGAGAACCCUGAGGCUGAGGAGAGCGUCUCCGGUGCCUUGAUCGUUCGUAUUCGAGAGAACUUGGACUUCGCUAACACUGCUCAGUUGAAGGAACGUCUACGAAGGCUGGAGCUGUACGGGCCCCACAAGACUCAUCCUUCUGAGGCGCCGAGACGACAGCAAGCGUCAAUCUUAGUCUUCCAUUUGUCCGAUGUUGAUUCUUGUGAUGCCUCCGCUGCGCAAAUCUUCUACGAACUUCUGGAGGAGUACAAGAGCCGUGGCGUUGGUUUGUACAUCACCCAUAUUCGGCCUCGCGUGCAGCGGACUUUCGACAAGGCUGGUAUUGUGGAGCUCCUUGGGACAAAUGCUUUCCGGGAAACUGUGGCUGAUGCUAUGUCGAUCAUCGAGGGACCUCGAGUGCGCGAGUACCAUGCGGGGCAUUGA